AAAUUAGUUCAAUGCUUGCCUCAACCCAAUGAAUUAACGCCAUGUGAAGAUAUGUUGGGCGAUUGGUACCUUAAAAUAUCAGAAUGGAUCAUGUGUUUUAUAUCCCUUUUAGCCAAUACUUUAGUCUUGAUGGUGAUACUCAAUGCAGAAGGCCAUCUAACAGUUACUAAAUUUCUAAUUUGCAAUUUAGCUUUUGCAGAUUUUUGCAUGGGGAUCUAUUUAGCUUUGAUGGCUAUCACUGAUCUAACAACAGCAAAUCAAUAUGCUAAUUAUGCCAUCAAUUGGCAAACUGGUGGUGGUUGUGCUACUGCUGGAUUUAUUGCUAUUUUCUCGGCAGAAUUAUCUACGAUGACAUUAACGGUUAUUACUAUCGAGCGCUAUUUAGCCAUCGUCCAUGCAAUGUAUUAUGAGAAGCAGUUAAAACUAUUUGGUGCAUGUAUUGCAAUGUCAAUUUGUUGGAUUUUAUCGAUUGUACUGGCACUAUUACCAAUUGUUGGAGUGAAUAGUUAUUCAUUAAUAUGUAUCUGCUUACCAGCUGAUUUUACAAGUUCCAUGUCGGUAGGUUAUAUUCUGAUAUUAGUCGGCAUUAACGCAUUAGCUUUCAUCUUGAUUGUCUAUAGCUAUUGUGUCAUGUACUAUACAGUACAUUCAACGCAUAGCAGUGGAGGGAAUAGGGCAACACAGGAAGCGGAUCGUCGUAUUGCCAGACGAAUGGCAUUAUUAAUCUUUACUAAUUUUGCAUGUUGGACGCCUAUCGCUUUUUUUGGCUUUGGUGCAGCCUUAAAAUUGAAUUUAAUUACAGUUUCUAGUGCCAAGUUUCUAUUAGUAUUUAUUUUUCCCAUUAAUGCCACCGCUAAUCCAUUCCUCUACUCUAUCUUUAAUCAAUUAUUUCGUAAAGACUUACAUCAUGUCAUUGCUAAA